AUGGUGAGUGUCAAUUUGGUUGUUCUUCUCACUAUCAAGGGCAGUCAACUUAGUGAGCAGCCAAUGUAUUAUUUUCUAAGCUACCUGUCUUUCAUGGAUAUUUGCUUCACUUCCACAGUGGCUCCUAAAUUGAUUAUAGACUUAUUUUUACAAUGUAACACAAUCUCCUACAAUGGCUGCAUAGCCCAGAUGUUUUAUGCCCACUUCUUCGGUGCCACUGAGAUAUUUAUCUUGGUUGCUAUGGCCUAUGAUCGGUAUGUAGCCAUUUGCAGACUGCUUUACUACAUGAUCAUCAUGAGCAGACAGGUAUGUUACAUGCUUGUGAUAGCCUCAGCUAUUGGUGCUUUCAUACAUUCACUUGUGCAUGUAUUUAUUAUUAUCAGACUUCCCUUUUGUGGCACCAACGAAAUAGACCACUACUUCUGUGACAUAUUCCCCUUGCUGAAGCUGGCCUGCACAGAUACAAGACUCCUGGUUAUUGUAGUCAUUACCACCACAGGAGUUCUGUCCAUUUUGACUUUUCUUGCCUUGGUCAUUUCUUACAUCAUCAUUUUGUCCAUCUUGAGGACCAGGUCAUCAGAGGGCCGCCGCAAAACUCUUUCUAUCUGUGGCUCACAUAUCACUGUUGUAUUCAUGUUCUUCUUGCCACUCAUCUUUACCUAUGUCCCAGUGGGUGAUUCUGUUGGGGAUGAAAAGUUGAUUGCUGCAUUCUACACAAUGAUGACUAAUAAGUUAAACCUUUCAAUCUAUACAUUGAGAAAAUAA